GUCUGGCAACCCUUGCCGACGCCGCAGUCGAGUCGACCAAUCAUAGUAUUAUGUCAAAUUAAAUACACAAAUAACCUCAAAAUCAGAAACGCCGCCUGAGUGUAUAAGUAUAAUAACAUACUAACUUGAGCGUUUAGAAAAUCUGAAAUAUAAUCAAUUUAUUUGACGUCGUUCAGAUUUCUAAACUACACUAAUCAUGGCUGAUGAUGGUGAAAAUGUAUCUGUAAUGACAGUAAAGGAGCCUCUGGACCUCAUCAGACUAAGCUUGGAUGAGAGGAUAUACGUUAAAAUGCGAAAUGAACGGGAGUUGAGAGGAAAAUUACAUGCCUAUGACCAACAUUUAAAUAUGGUACUGGGUGAUGCUGAAGAAACAAUAACAACUGUUGAAAUUGACGAGGAAACCUAUGAAGAAGUUUAUAGAACCACUAAGAGGAACAUUCCCAUGUUAUUUGUGAGAGGGGAUGGAGUCAUACUCGUGUCUCCCCCCGUAAGAGUUGGAGUGUAAUUUAAGAUUAAUAUAAGUUUAUUUAAAAUAAAAUCUACAUUUAAAAUGAAAA